AUGCUGAGAUUUGCUGAGGAAACCAUUCUGUUGCUGCUCAACGACGGAGACGGAAGGUUUGCGCGUGUGCCCAAAUGGUCAUUGGACUACGCGCUCGCCGGUGGAGUGCUGAUGGACCUGGCGCUGGAAAACCGAAUCGACACAGACCUUGAAGGUUUGAUUUUGAUUGAUGAUACUCCAACAGGAGACGCCCUGCUUGACCCAACGCUUGCGGACAUCGCUGCCGGCAAGGAGCGUACCACCAAUUUCUGGCUGGAGCAUACAGCUGACAGCGCGGGACUCCAUCCGCGAACAGGCGCUGAAGAGACUAUUGAUCAGGGUAUUCUUGAAGUUCAGGACGACCGCUUCCUCUGGGUGUUCCGCUCUAGGCGAUACCCGUCCAUCGAUGGCACUGCGGAGCGCGAGGUGAAGCUGCGAAUUAUGGGCGUGCUUUUCAGCGACGAAAUUCCGUCCCCGCGCGAUGUCGUUAUCAUCUGUCUGGCGGAUGCGUGCGGCAUAUUCAAGGGAUUGCUAUCCAGCCGGGAGUUGGACAAUGUGGGCGAGCGCAUAGACCAGGUGCGCAGGCUCGAUCUCAUCGGUCAGGCAUUGUCCAAGGGCAUCCGCGACAUCGAGAUGUCAAUCGCCGCUUCCGUGCAGCCGCACGCCUAUUAG